CAUGUAGCCCAUCAUGUACGAAAACACACUGGUGAUGCAACAUGGCUGCCGAUGAGGAUGGAGAUGGAAUCUAUUCUCUUGAAGAAGAGAUUGAAUUAUUAUCAGCUAUUUACAUUCACGAGUUAACAGUGGAAAGAGAAAAGGAGAGACCCACAGCUGUUAGUGUUUUGCUUCAUCCAAGCACAGGAGAUGAAGAGGACAAGCGUUUUGUAUGUCUAACAUUACUUAUUCACCUUCCCAAAAAGUAUCUAUGUGAAUUACCUUCCAUUCACAUCAAGACACCUAGAGGAUUAUCUGAAGCCCAUGUUGAUAGCAUUUUGGCCAACCUUAGGGAACUUGCAGAGGGUUGUCUUGGAAGACCUAUGUUGUAUGAACUUAUUGAGUAUGCUAAGGACAGUUUAACGGACAAUAACAUGCCUAGCUGUGCUUGUGCCAUUUGUCUCUGCCAUUUUCAGGAUACACAUGAAUUUACAAAGACAGAGUGUUACCAUUACUUUCACAGUGGCUGUUUAGCAAGAUACAUCAAAUUUUCUCUCCAACUAGAAAAGGAAACUGAAGAUGACACAAAGGUAGAAUGUCCUAUGUGCCGCAUGGAGAUUGCUUUCAACCUUGAUGAACUGGAGGCUUUUGCUUCUGAUAACGUGGAUGAGGAGAAGUUUGUUUACAAACCCAGUGAAGAAAUUAAGAAACUCCAGAAAGAAAUGACCUCCCUUUAUGAAAAACAGAAGAGAAAAGGAGGAGUGAUUGACUUGGAUAAAGAAAGAAACAGAUAUUUGAUCGAUAUAACGUCGGUUCGUCAGGAGGAGGCAGUACAUGAAAACGAGCCUUGUGCAGGGCCCGAGACCGCAGACAAAGUAAAUACCUCCUCAGCGGAAUUCACUCAAACCAAUUCUCCCGAGCGGGGAGGCGUAGCUAGAGAAACCAGCCAAUUAGAUAACGUUAUCUGUAAAGACAGAUCAGAAGAUAAAAAAGAGUUCUUGAAGCACUCAGGACCCACUCGGACUCGUCAGCGCUCCGACCGAAAAACUAGAAAUCGAUUGGGCGAAGGUAAAUCUGACUAUUACGACAGAAAAAGAAACGAGAAAAAACGCCAAUCAACUAAUAAUAGACCUAACACUGCCGGACAGAGGCUAAACAAAAAAGAAUCUGUAAAACCAUCUGAAAAUCUAGAGGGGGAUUUCGCUCUUUGGAGCGAAGAUAAAUCAGAGAGUUCUCAAACCCGACUCGAAACGGAGAUAAACCCCCCAGUAGACAAUCUGGAGAGUGCUGUAACGGACGUCAGUGACAAGAGCAGAAAUAUUGGCUCCUCACAGAAUUUCCGUGGAGAAAAUUCAAGGUCUGUCAGGCGAGGAAAAGGAAAGGUUAAUAGAGGCAGGUCUUCCACUGCCAGUACCCACGGAACUACGGAGGGUGGAAGGGUUGCGGAUACAGAUAGGACCUCUUGUGGAGAAGAGGUUGGGAAACUAUCUGAAGACGCUGCACCAUCGGAAAGCAGCAAGGCUAUACCCGAGAAAAAAAGCCUUCACAAGCCAGUCAAGGAAAAUCCAAGCCACAAACGAAAACGGACAAACAACAAAGACAAAGUUUGCAAACCACCCCCAGGUUUUGAGAAUUUGAAGACCGAUGAAGGAGAAUGCGUGCGAUCCACAAACAUUUCUGAACCCCCUCCGGGGUUUGAACACCUUUCCACUGCACCUCUCCCAGGGGGCUUGGAUACCCAGUAGAAGUGACAGGGCAGACAACAAGUCAGUUAAUUACAAGCUGACCAAUAGCAGCUCGAAAAAUCCAUGAGAAUUAUUCUUGUUUAUUUCCUUUCUAGUUAAUACUCGAUUGGGUUUUAAUAUUAAGGAGGAGGAGUAUUGGGUUUUUCGGUUUCUGUGCCGAAAAACUUCGGUUUUUCGGUUUUGGUGUUCAUUGCGUUUUGAGGAUUUUCCGUUAUUUAGCAUUUAGUUUUUGGUUUUCGUUAAAAAUACUAACGGGUUUUCAGAGUUGGUAUCCGAUGUGGUUUUCGGGUUUGGGUUCCGGUUUCUCUUCCAUGCUCCACUUGUCACUACUGUACGGUUUUGCAUGGGGUUUUCGGUUUCGAUCGAAUUUUUUAGCGGUUUUGCGCUCUUGAAUAAUAUUUUCUAUGGUUUUGCGGUUUGUAGUUGACGAUAAUGCUCCCCUCAUUAAGACCACUGCAGUUAAUUGUGUAGAUGACUGCCUCGCUUCUAAGAAUUGUGAAGAAGACUUUUUGUCCAAAAGUGGCUUCUUUUGGUCAGUUUGGAAAUAGAUGUCCACUUUAUGAAGGGACAAGGGGAAAGUUACUUCCAUGUGUUAGUGUUUUUUUUUUUUCUUUUGUGAUAUCACCGGUAGGGUUGGUAAAGUUUCAGGAUAUAGCGUCCUGUGCUUGCGGACGCUAUGAAUAGAAGUAAACUUAGUAUACUACGGCGAAAGUAGCAGUGAUAAUUGCCUUUUUUUUUAGACUUUUUUUGUUUUCUUUGUUCUUGUUUUUUGUUUUUUUCUUCAGCGGAAAUAACAGUUUUCACAGUUUUUAAUAAAUAGAAACUAGUGAAUGUUCUUUCUUGUUAGGCUUCUUCCCACACCACCCUUCAGUGAUCACACUUUUGUCUUCAUUAUGCAAGUGCAAAAGACGUCUUUAUUUAAGAUGGCAAAAGCUUUUUGUUGAGUUAUUUUCUCUUUACUUUAACAUAAGUAGGAAACAAAACUUUAAAAUAUUUAGGAAAAACUCUAGUUGCGUGAUUAUCUUCCGCUGAAACUAUGGAUGUCUGCGUCUGAGUGUUCUUCGACAGAAUUUGGUAACUAUACAUCAGGCUUCAUGGUUUACGUACGUGUAAACUACUCCAUUUGUGUAACUAAGCUUCUUUGAAAAUGGGGCCAUAUAAAAAAUGUUCACUGCGAACA